GACCACGUGAAGCCUCUGGCAGGUUCGCACGUGCAAGCCGCGUCGCAGACUCUUCAGUGGAGCCGUUGCGACACUCCACCACUCCACCACUCCCUGGGUGUUGCCCAGAAAGGCGUCUCUCUCUGCCCGAGGGGAGGAUGGGCAGAUCCAGCCUUGCAGCAUGAAUGGCUCCUGAGUCCUGUCUGCUCUUCCUGCCACCAGACAAGACAACUAUCACCGUCCCACAUCGUUAGCACCAAGGGACGACGCGCAUCCUCCCCUCUCGUGGGCACCGAUAGGAUCUACGCCGUGCUGUAUCAUGACGGGAACGCAUGCAGGAUCAGGGGCCGUCGAUUCUGGAACAGAGAGACAAGAGACAAGAGACAAGAGACGCGAAUUGGCCCCGACUCGGCCAUCACAAUCGCAUUCCUUGCAACCCAUAACUUCAAUGGACUGCCGCAGACCUCGCACCUUGCUGACCAAGUUGCUAGCUUCCUCCACAUCCUCCACAGAGUGGCAUACAUGACUCCCGCUCCACCCCCCACCCCGGCCGCCAGUCCGGCCCACGGCCUACGUCCAAAUGCCAGGGGUCGUCCGGCUAACCCGGCUCCCACGUCGUGCGUCAUCGCCAAGCUACGCCAGGCCCGUCAUUGCACGGGAUCCACAUCAUUCCGACCUCGAUGUUCCAUUCCCGCUGUGUCCCACUCUGGCCCACUCUGUCCCAACCUGUUCCAAUACCAUGACGGGCUCCUGCGUCCAUUUCUCAAGUCCACGCUACAACGUACGCUUUGGCCCCCAGUUCGUGUCGUGUCCGUCGUCCCCUCCCCGCCCUGUUUUCCCGUCCUCUGCGCAGGGAGAAGAGCGUGGCACCCGCGCGAGGGAGGAGCCCGCCAGUGGUACAGACAAUUACCCGGCGGCGAUCUUUUUGUGCCGGCUGGCAUUCCCUUCGGUAAGCCGAUCAAGAGCUGCUCACCUGAACGCUAG